UGACUUUUAAAAGGCCCAAACUUCUGAAAGCCUAACCCAAAAGGUGAUAUUGCACCGCACGCAUUUUCUUUCCUAAGUUCCCAACCGAAGUGUGCGCAUUUGUUUGUGCAAUGUUUCAUUUCCUUGCCUUAAUUGCAGACAAGACAACGUUUUGGUGGGGAACUGUUAUUGGAAUCAUUCCCUCAUCUCCCAGAAUCUACCCAAAGUCUCAUCUCAAACCCAACCAUAAACCAUUAUUUUUUUUUUCCAGAUAAAUACAAAGUUUGUCCCUCAACUGAAAAAAAAUAAAAAAAAUAAAAAAAAUACAGAAAGCUACUAUGGCUAAUCCCAAAGACCCAAAGGAGUGUUCAUUUUCCUUCUCCGACUUCCCUGAAGACGUCCAGCUUUGCAUCCUCUCCUUCCUGUCCCUACCCGAUAUCGCGAAUUUCGCUUGCACCUCUAAACGCUCCGUUUCGCUAUGUUGCAAUGACACCAAGCUCUGGUUCACCCUUUGCCAACGCCGGUGGGGCUCCAAGACCCAGAUCAAUAAAUGGGGUGGCGGUCAAAUCACCUACAAGCUCCUUUACAAGACCCUCACCCAGUGGGAGAAUCUCAUCGGCUUCUGGCGCCACUGCGGUCGUGCCGGCCUCUCAGGUCAAUGUCCUCGGUUGAUCAUUUUCGAGUGGGGCCCAUCUUUUGUUUCCGGUUCUAGGAUUUGCCCGUCCAAAAACGGCACUUACUAUGUUACCAAAUCACCGUUUUUGUGGAUGGGGAUAUCCCCAGAUGGGCAAAUCGUGUACUUUCUCGAUCUAGAAGGACAAACUGAAAUUCCAUCCGGGGAUUUCGGUAGCUGGUUGGAAUUUGUCUGCUUGGACCAAAAUCUGGUGCCAGCCAAUGUUAAUUUCAUGGGUAAGGAUCAUUUUGUAGUUGAAGAAAAUUUGAACUUUUGGCAUAGUAGUAAAAGUAAAGAUGUGUUAAGAAGUAGUUCAAGUUCAAAGAAUUUGAUAGAAGAUAGUGAUGAAGUUAUUGAGAGCGGAAUCGCUGGGAGCUUACCGGUCCGAUUUGUAUCGGAAAUGUAUAUGCAUUUCGCGAAUAGAACGAGCCCUGGUGGUGGUGGGGAUAGAGCGUGGAGGAGGCAAAGAAAGAAGGAGAAGGAAAGGCAAGGGAGGAGGAAAUGGGAGCCUGAGCAUUUCCUUAAAGUUGUCGAUUGCUCGCCUACUCCGGAUAAGCCCUUGCAGGGUCUUUGGAAGGGAAUUUCUGGUGACAUGAACUUGAAUUUCUAUCUUGUUAAAUAUGAUGAAAUUGGGGGCAUAAUCUGCCAAAGGAUUGGGGACUUCUCAUCCUCCUAUACUCUUGUGUUCUGGACAUCAGAACCUAUGUCCAUGGAGUCACCAUUUUCUCUAGAGGAAGAACGUAUCUAUGAUGAUCGCAUACAUUUUCAGCCAGUUGCAGCUGAGGAUCAAAUUCAUAGUCAACCAGCCAUGACAGGCAUCGAGAUGGUUUCCCACAUUCAGCAUAUCAACUCAAGUUGCAAUUUAAUGCUUCCAUCCUUGAUAGGAUCUACUGGUCUCCAGCAUGGAGAAGGAAGGAUAUGGCAGUACAUGAAUGGAACAUUUGGAUUUGGUUUUCUUCGUGAUCAUUUUAUUAUAGACCUGAAACAUAUCAUCCAAGAAGGUCGUCUUCUUGAUUCAGUGAAUUUGUUGCAAUGAUAGUUCAAUACUGAUUGAUUUCUAACUUGGUGUCAUGCUAGGGCUGGCACUUCACAUUACUUUUUGUAAAAUAAUUACAUCAUUGAGCCGUUUGGCCAUUGAAAUCCCAAAUUCUUCAUCCAUUCUUUGUGCUUGAGAUAAUUUCCCAUUAAUGAGACUCUGUAUAUCUAAAAAUGUGUAGCUGAGCUAAUUAGAAAGGGGAUUCAAUUUAUGUUACCAUGCAAACGUCUAAUGGCAAUCAGACUACACGAUUUUCCAAGCGCAAGACAAUAAAACAUAAACCAAAUAUUUUUUAUCGAAGAAACCGCAGCUUCAUAAAUUUUCCUCCACGCCCAUUCAACCACCCUUUCUUUACACCUACCUCUCCACUCACCAGCUAUAUUUAUUAUGUCUUUAUUACUGUUCCAUUAAUUACACUAAAUAGAUGGGCGUUUCUUCAAUUAAAACGGAGACGAGUAGAUCGCUAUCUUGUUCUUCUUUUCUUUUUCGAUCGAAAGCUUCAUUUUUAUUACUUAAGCUGCAAUACAGCUUGGUAGAGUAUCAAGACUAUCAAAGGAAAUAGAAAACUUAGCAAGCUGAUGAGCUUCAAAGUUGUUCGUUCUUCUCGUCGAGCCAACACUAAUGUCAUUCCUGGUGUUAAGGAACUCUUUGCAGUCGAUAAUAACAGUACCAAAUUCAGACCAAUCUUAUUUUUUUCUUGGUUUUUAUCAUAAAUCUUCUCUCUCUUUCUUUUUUCCAGCAUGGGCGUCAGUAAGUAAUCUUUGUGGUGAUUUUCCUAAUUACUUAAGGGAGAAGAUCAUCAGAACGUUCAAUGAGAGUGGAUGAUGAAACAAACACAUGAAAGGUAAAACUAUAGGGGCACCAGAAAAAAGGGUAAGGAAUCACUCCUAUUUCUUUACACAAGACAAAAUGCAAAAGAAAAGCUGCAUUUUGCUUAAUAUUUUUCACAAAUAGAUGAUUUCUGAUUACUUCGAGAUUAAAAGUAAACUGAAUUUGUAUUGAAAAUAGAAAGAAGAUUGUAAUGUUUGAGAGAAA